AAAAUAAUUAAUUAUCAUAUACAUUUUAAUUUUCAUAGAUUUUAUAUAAGAAAAUUCUUUUGUUUUCUAUAUUAUUAAUUAAUUCUAUGCUUAGUUUAUGAAAAAUGUAAUAUUUGUUUUGAUAGAAUAACUUAUUUCUCUAAAUAUUUGAAAAGUCAUUUUUAAUAAUGACACAUGACAUAUAGGAGAGUAAUGCUUCUUAAUUAUAUGAGAUAUCAAAUCUCAUGUGUUUUAUGGUCUGUGCUUCUUUUGAAUGCUACUUUUAGUGAUCAUCAAACAUAUUAUCAUAUGAACUUCUUUUUUUUAAUCAAAUUAUUAUAUGAACUUCUAAAAAUAACAAAAUUUUACCAAAAAUGAUUCCUAAUGAUAUUAAAAGGUUUCUUCAACACUCACCAACUUUAUGCUCCCCUAUGAUGCUCCAUUAAUCAAAUUAUUAUUCCUAAUAUAAUAACAAAAAAUACCUGAUUGGUUCUUAAAAAAAUAUUCGUUUCAACAGCAGCAAAAAGAGAAACAUUUCUUAAUUUUUAUUUUCUCCCGCUUUACAUACUUUCAUCACUUCUCCACUUCUCAAAACCGAAUCGUAAAAAUCAAAAACUCAUCAGCUUCAGAGCAAUGGCACCCAUUGAUCCACACUCCUUCACCGACUCCUCCCACCCUCUCACCACUCACGUCUCCCUCUCCCUCUACCUCGACUUCAACGCCUCCACCAUCCACGCCUCCGCUCUCCUCACCCUCUCCUCCCCCUUCUCCGGCAACCUCUCUCUCGAUUCCCGCUCCAUUUCAAUCAAAUCCAUCAUCGAUCCCCAAACUCUCACCCCUCUCCCUCACUCCGUCUCCUCAAGCCCCGAUCCGAUCAAAGGCAGCGAAGUCGUCGUCGUCCUCGCCGGUCAAUCCCAAAUCCUCAUCCUCUACUCCACUUCCCCUUCCGCCUCCGCUCUCCAAUGGCUCUCCCCGCUCCAAACCUUCUCGAAAACUCAUCCGUACGUCUACACUCAGUGCCAAGCGAUCCACGCCAGAUCCAUCUUCCCUUGCCAGGACACUCCCGCCGCGAGGAUCCGUUACGACGUCGUUAUGAACGUCCCGAGCUCUCUCUCCGCCGUCAUGUCCGCUCGCCACGUCCGUCGUCGCCUUCCCGUUCUCGAAGAGGCGAAACAUCUCGACGUAUUAUCGUCGGUGGUGUGGUGUGGGGAGGAUAGGGUUGUUGAGGAGUUCGUUAUGGAGCAGCCGAUCCCGCCGUAUCUUUUCGCGUUUGCGGUUGGGGAGUUGGGGUUUAGGGAAGUGGGGCCCAGGACUAGGGUGUAUGCUGAGUCAGCUGCUGGAGAUGUUUUGGAUGCUGCUGCGUUGGAGUUUGCGGGGACUGAGGAGAUGAUUAAGCAAGGGGAGAAGCUGUUCGGUGAUUACGAGUGGGAGAGAUUUGAUUUGCUGGUGCUGCCUCCGAGUUUUCCUUAUGGAGGUAUGGAGAAUCCGAGGAUGGUGUUUCUGACGCCGACUGUGAUCAAAGGAGACGCCACUGGUGCUCAAGUUGUAGCUCACGAGCUCGCUCAUAGCUGGACUGGGAACUUGAUCACCAACAUCAACAAUGAGCAUUUCUGGUUGAAUGAGGGAUUUACAACGUACGCAGAGAGGAGGAUUGUGGAGGUUGUUCAAGGAGGGGAUAUAGCUACUUUGAACAUUGGCAUUGGUUGGAGGGGUUUAAACGAUGAGAUGGAACGGUUCAAAGAUAACUUGGAGUUCACUAAACUGAAGAACAAACAAGAAGGUGUUGAUCCUGAUGAUGUUUAUUCACAGGUCCCGUAUGAGAAAGGCUUCCAGUUUGUGUUGAGAAUUGAACGCCAGGUUGGAAGGACUGCUUUUGAUGAAUUUCUCAAGAAAUACAUUGCUACUUUCAAGUUCAAGUCUAUCGAUACAGAUACAUUCCUUGACUUCCUGAAAGCAAACAUUCCUGGAAUAGAGAAAGAGAUCAACCUGCAAUUGUGGACUGAGGGUGUUGGUAUACCGGAAGAUGCAUAUGAACCAGUCUCAGCUAUUUACACAAAGAUCAUAUCCCUGGCUGAAGAGUUUAAGCAAGGAAAGAUGCCAAGUGAAGAUGAGGUUGCUGAGUGGAAAGGACAGGAAUGGGAGCUCUACUUGGAGAAUCUUCCUAAGUCAUGUGAACCUUCUCAGGUAGUGGCCUUGGACAAGCGGUACAGACUAGCAGAAUCAAAGGACUACGAAGUGAAGGUGUCGUUUCUGAAACUUGCAAUCUCAUCCAAGUGCAAAGAGUACCAUGGAGAAGUGGAGAAAACUCUAAAAGCUGUGGGAAGGAUGCUGUACCUGCGUACACUCUUCACUGCUCUCGCACAAACCGGUGGAACCGAAGAGAAGCAACUGGCGAAACAAAUCUUUGCAGAAGCUCGAGAAACAUACCACCCUAUAGCUCAGGGAGUGGUGGAGUCUAUCCUCUCUAAGUACAUCUAAACAAAGACCCAUCUUAUGCAUAGCAGCAACAUUUCAAUAAAACACAAUGACUGUAUAAUAAUAAUUGCUGCUCGAGAGUCGUUAACAAACAAAAAAUUGAAUUGCUUUGCGUAGUU